CUCGCUUCGUCACUUCGAGACCCUUUGAUCUCCUUCCCGAACCUUACCAUCGCAUGGUUAGACUAGCUCUGAAGUGUAUCUUCAACCUGCCAGCCCAAACCUGUCAGCACAUCAAAGCGCAUUCCAGUUCUUUUUGCGCAAGCAGCGCCUUCAAAACUCUUGUGCACAGCCUGUGAGGUCAAGAGAAUGAUCCUAUUACCAGGAAGUACGGAAGACCUUUUAACCUGCGUUCCUCAUGAGCCUCCUGUCGAGAGCGGGGAAAUUGGCUAUCUUAGUCUCUAGCCUCCCACAAUUCCUCCCCUAAGCCCUUCCAUGUUUCCUGCUAGACCCUUUCAACGCUCCCGCUUCCUCCCAGAAUACCAUUUUCCACGCAAAGCCACAAGUCGCUUUUGACGGACGCGCUAACGGCUUCGACCAAGCUUGCGGCUUGACGUUCGAUUUCAGAAGCGUAUCUUUCAGUCACGGAUGAUUCCUCUUAACGACGCUGAUUUUUCACCAUGGGCGGCGCUUCUUGUCGCCAUCUGCCCAGUCGCAAUGCUCGCGAUUGCCUUUCUCCUCUUCGUGCGACCGCCGCAAGAGUCACAACGAGGGUCGCAUCAGUUCGUGCGACGAAACGAGCGACAGAUCGAUCCCCAUUCGAAGCGCGAGAAAAAUUCGCCGACCUCGCUCCUCCAAGCCUUUCUUGAGAUAUCCUCUAUCGAGGAUGUAGAAUGUCAGAAAUCCUCCGCGUGUAAGCAGCAGGAGCAGCGGCAGGAGGUGGGUGGGUGGCAAUUCCCGGACAAGGAGGGCCGCGACGCCCGACGGCUACGAUGGGCUCGCGCCGUGCAUCAACGGCUGCGACGCAACCCGUACGCCGUGGACGAUGAGAGGGUGCAAGGGAAGCCGCUGUUUACGCCGGAGCAGCUUAUAGCGGAGCUUAAGCAGUGUGUGAAACGGCAGGGGCCCGGCAAUCCCAUCCAGCAGCAGCAGCAGCAGCAGCAGCAGCAGAAGCAGCAGCAGAAGCAGCAGCAGCAGCAGCAGCAGCAGCAGCAGCAGCAAGGGGACGAAGCAGCCGCCGCCAGCGCGGCACUUGCGGAGGAGAAGCUUCGGCUUCGGCUGCUCCUUUCGCUGCUCCACGCCGGACCGCCCAAUCUCCUCCCGGCAAUUACGGAAGAUACACCCGCCGCGGACGUCUCGAUGAAGGAUCGCGAAUUCGAGUCCCCGUGCGACGCGGCUCCGGACGUCGACGAUGCUCCUAACGGCAAUGACGACUUCUCACUGACCAUUGAUAAUCUCGGAGAGGCUUUACAAAGCGAAGCUGCUUCUACAGAAAGCGCGGCGCACGCGCAGGGGGAACUCGUGUCUACCCUGGCGCUCCCCCGCCCGUACCAGGCGCGCAGUUCCGCGAAGAUAUUGCGCCGACUCCGCUCCCCCCCCGCUGGCUCCCGCUAUGUCAUCCCGCGCGCUGUGCGCGCAGCAGAGGAGAUUCUGGAAGAGAAGGACCCCGUGAUUGCGCUCGCGCGGGGGUACGCAACCAGGCAGGUCGCAUGGGACGCGAUCGCGCUGCUAUCGAGGCAGCAGCAGCGGCUUUCAUGCGUCUAAAGAUUGAAGUUCCGAGUGUUUUUUGACUGGCGAAAUAAAGAGCGCAGCCGAGCAAGUGGCUGCGUCGGCCUCGCAAAAGUGGCAGGCGUAGCAGCAGCAACGCGUUGUUACAAGCUCUGCGAUCUUGUAAGUAGGAGCAGCUUUCCUGCCAACGACAAAUGGUUACGUAACUUAGUGUACAAGCAGGCAUUCGUGGCACACAGCAGCGGCCGCAGCAGCAGCACCAGCAGCAGCAGCGGCGGCACCAGCAGCAGCAGAAGCAGCAGCAGCAGCAGCUGGGCAAUGGUGCGUUUGCCAUGUGGCAUGGUACUCCAACACCAAGCCAUGCGAUGAAAAAGCUUCUCACCACCACCACCACCACUGCCACCAUCUUUCAGGCGCAAGACCGGAAUAAGGAACAGCUUAGACCUCUCGCCUUGCCAUCACAAUCCCUCACCUCCCAGCUUUUCCAACCCGACCCAUCCAUAUCUGCAAUUCUGAUCCUGGCAUGGUCCACUAAGCCAAGAAUUAUAGCUUUCUUGUUGGCCUUCUUGGAGAGUUUCUUUGUUUUGUAUGCGUUUGAGGCUGCUGUGGCUGGUGGGCUUUUUAGAGUGGGCUUUUGUUGUAUCCAAUAAUGUUGCAUAUUACAAUAAUCAAACGGCAUUUGG